GAUGCGAAGUGGCCAGAAAUCAGAAUUGAUUGAUUGUCUCGAAGCUGAUGUGCAGACCACCUGUCCAAAUGUUGAUGUCAAAAUCUUGGAUGCCGCAGCUAUUGUAAACAUGCUUAGCCCAGGGAAGUGUAAGACCUUUCAAGAAUACUCCAAAUCAGUGUUUGUUCCUUAUAUUGUUCAACAAGCAAAUGGUAUUAGAAGAAUAGAUCUUGUUUGGGACCGUUAUAUACCCGACAGCCUUAAGCAGGGUACUCGUUCAUCGCGAGGCGCUGUAGGGGCAAGAAGAAGAGUAUGUGACAUGGCUGUGAUCCCUGCAAACUGGAAAUCAUUUUUAAGAUCAGAUGACAACAAACAAGAACUUUUCAAGUACCUCAGUCAGGCAGCAACAUCGAUUCAACUGCCAAAUGUUACAAUUGUAAGCACUUUUGAGGAAGACAUAAUAAGUUCGAAGCCAAUCGAAAAAGAUGAGUUAGCUCCCUGCAAUCGCAUUUUCAUUCAUGCAAACCAUGCAGCGAAAGGUGGAAUGAGGAAAAUUGUCAUAAGAACUGUAGACACAGAUGUUGUUGUGUUAGCAAUAGCAAACGUGCACAAGUUAGAUGUAGAUGAACUUUGGAUUGCUUUUGGUGUUGGUAAACACAUGAGGUACUUACCAAUUCAUAACAUUACACAAAGCUCGUUGAGUAGGGAGCAAUGUGAAGCCCUACCCUUCUUUCAUGCUGUCACUGGUUGUGAUACUGUGUCGUUCUUUGCUGGAAAAGGUAAAAAGACUGCAUUUCAAGCCUGGAAGUCUUUUCCUGAUGUUACCAGUGUGUUUCAGCUUCUUUCAUCUCCAAAAGAAUCCAUCUCAGAAGAAGAAAUGGAAAAAUUGAAAGAUUUAUCAUUAUUAUGUAUUCCCGCACAUGCCCGCUCUCCAACAUCAAUGAUGCUAGACAAGCUAUAUUUGCACAAGGUACUAAGACAAUCGACCACAUUCCACCAACCCAAGCCUCCUUGGUACAGCACAUUCGGAGGGCAACAUAUCAGGCUGGUCAUGUUUGGGGUCAGUCGUUAG